ACAUAAUAUCAUCGAGAACAUGUACACAACUUCACCAGUAGGUACACUGGGUGAACACUGAUCAUAGUAUUCAUUUGAGUAAAAGCAGAGACUUAUAUAAUAUAAUAAAGAUAAUGAUAUUAUAGUUAAAGAAAGUCUUAGCUUUAAGUAACACUUUACAAUUUCAAUAGAAGCAACUUCGAGCGAACGAUAAACUAUAAAGUUGAAAUCUGCGUUGCUCGUGCCUGAUUCGUGUUCGUUAUCAAGUUAUUUAUUUGAUGUCUCCAGUGAACUUCGUGUGCGAGGGCACGACCUCCCAGUUCCUUGGCCCGCUUAUCACUAUCAGUAUGAAUAAAACGAGGCGACGAUAGAAGAGGAAUGCCAAGUGACUGCCGUGACUGUUUGGGAAUUCGUUAUCGAAUUAACGCCCUGCACCAGACCUGGAAGUGGUUGCAUCAAACAAUCGCCCUACACGAAUAUCUGAUCUCCCUUUCUUCAGCUGAUACCGACGCUUGUUGUGCCGCCAAGUGUUAGUUUGUAAGACUUUGAAUAGUUCAGUGCAUUUAUUAUUUUAAGGACACACAUUAGAGGAACUUUUAAA